UUUGGGCAACAGCAUUUUAGGGAGAAUGUUCCGUCUCAAUCUGAUGAUUUAUUUGCAAUUAUAUACACUUCAGGAACGACAGGCUUAUCUAAAGGUGUAAUGCUAAGUCAUAAUAAUCUUUUGGUAGCACUGUGUUCGGUUUACUACGAAACUGAAGAACCACCAGGAUCCCGAAUAAUUUUUUAUUUACCUUUGACUCAUAUUUGUGGUAUCUUGAUUGAAGGCUUUGCAAUAGGAACAAAUUUUAUUCCUUGGGCAAAUCAAAUUUUUAGAGUUCUGGAUUAUGAAACACUAGUGAAAAAUGAUGUCGUUGUUAACGAAUUGUUGCAACGUUUAAAUAUUUAUGGAAAAAAUAACGGACUUAAAGGAUUUGAACAAGUUAAAGCAGUGCACUUGGAUAAUAUAGCUUUCUCUGUUGAAAAUGGGCUAUUAACCAAUUUGCUAAAUUUUG